CUACACUCUGCUGAGUCGCCCUCUGUGGUGGUGCACCCUCUCUCACCGCCAAGUCGGGCAAGUUCGAUUGCUCGCUCAUGUCGCUUUCUGUCCUGCUCGACUACCGUGAGGCCGAUACUAAGGAACACUUCUUUGAAGUAUCACUGUUUGCGGAAUUAUUCAAUGAGAUGCUGAUGCGUGACUUUGCGUUUCGCAUUUAUCGUGCUCUUCUGGAGGCGCCCGAGAAACCCAAGGAGGAAAAAGAUGACAAGGAUAAGAAGGAUCGUGAUAAGAAAGAUAAGAAAGAUGACAAGGACAGGAAGAUGACAAGGACAGGAAAGAUAAAGAUAAGGAAAAGGAUAAACGUGAAAAGGAUGAGAAGAAAGACUCGAAAAGAAACGAAGAAGAGGAAGAUGAGGAUGAUGACGAAGAUGAAGAUGUUGAUAGUGAAAUUGAUCUCUUAAAACAGAUGAUCAAAGAAAGGAAGGAUAAAAGCAAGAAGAAACGGGAAAAAGUGAAAAUGGUAACUGAAGACCCUUUUCUGCUGCUGGCGUUCGUCUACUUUGACCAAAGCCAAUGUGGCUAUAUUCUUGACAAGGACCUGGAAAGCAUUCUGCUCACGUUGAAUCUAAAUCUGUCGCGGUCACAGGUCA